GUAUUCAAAAAUACAUUAAAUCACGGAAAAAAACUGUUCGAACAGUUAUUUUUCGUAAUUUAGUACAUUUUAGAAUGCUCUAAGUUUUGUUAGAAAUGAUUCUGGAAUUCUUUUAACAAAUGCAUUUUGUAGAGUAAACAUUUUUCUACAAAAUUAGAUGUUUUACAGCUCUCAGAGAAUCGUGAUAACUGAUUUGUAGCAAUUCUCCCGGAUGCCCCAACACCCGUUAAAAACUGAUGCAUGCCUAGUUAAGACGUUUUUCACAGAUAUAAUAAAUCAGUUCCAAUCUAACGAAAGAUGUCUGUAAAACGUCUCAUUUUGAAGAGGACACUUUUUCGUAUAUGUCAAUAUAGCUUUUCUUCACAAAACUCGACUCGAUUUUGCACACUCUAAAAUCUUCUGGAAAAUCAUGUGUUUUAGGAGAAUUAGAAAACCUUUUGAAGAACAUCUAAAAAAAACACCUAAUGAGAAAAGUACUUUGCAUUCUGGUGACAGAUACAUGUACCAAACCAAAUAUACCUUUAUCUCAACUAGCAGGCUUCUAGCUAAUUUUGCUAGGGUAGUGUCUCUUAAUAACGUUAAAGUUAUAAAUGAACAAACUAACCUUCAAAAUGAUUUAUUUAUUUUUGAAAUAAAAUGAUAAUAGUUGUGAAACUUUUACUCAAUAAUUUAUUUAGACUCUUUGCCAGAUAAUGAACUUGUAAAAUCUUAUGAACAACAAAUAUCAUCUAAUGAAAGUAUUGAAGCCGAUGAACGUAUGCGGGCAAACAGAGAUAAAUCACGUGAACCAUGUCAAAAUUCGUCUUCACCAUGUGAACAAACAUCAGUUCCUAGAUGUUCUUGUUAUCAUGAACAUCUGAAUGAGUACCAAGUUCCUCUAAAAGAUGAAUACAAUCGACUUUCUAUAGAAGUUAGCAAAACAAAUUCAACAUUAAUAUCAAUGAAAAUGAAUGAUACCAAACAUCAACAGAAUCAUGCGCGUAAUGAUGAAUGGUUUGAAAAAUGUCGACAGAAUUAUGAACUACGAAAACGACAGAUUGAUGUCGAACAGAAACUAGCCGAUGAAAGAUUCGAACAAAAGCGUCAGGAAUUAAUCUGUACUUAUAAACAAUAUGUGGCACCAAAAGUUGAAAAAUUAUCUCAGAAACAUGUUUUAUGUCCAACUGAAAUUAAUUGUUUUAAAGCCGAUUUAUCAAAACUGAUUCAAUCGAUUGAACAUUUACAAGAUUCUUUCUAUUAA